GCUUUUUUGACACCUGGAGAGUGGAAGAGGGCAGUCGAUCCAAUCCCUGGCGCACCACCACUGUCUGUGCCACACCUUGUUCUUCGACAUCUCUGAUUCACGAUUCACCCUGGCUUGUCCUUGUCCACUUGUCUUGGACUGCUCCGUUUCUUUGCCCUCCUUCCCGCAGCCCGCUUUUUCCCUUUCCCUCUUCCCUCGAUCACCACCAUUUCAACCUCACAGGCCGCGCUUCUCAAAGAACGACCUAGCCGCUCGUUGCUUUCUCAGCCCGUUCCCUUUCCACCCAUUUCCGCCUUACUAGAGAAGUAUUCUUUCUCUGAGCGGAGCGCUUCUUUUUGCGCCCUCAGGUCACUCGCUUUCCGAACAAGGCUGUGCCGAAUCAACGGUCGAAUCGCCGUCCUACCUCUCGCGCUGCACAUCUGCAAGGCCACUCGUUUAGUUUGCAUUUAACCAACUGACAAACAACACUGAAGACGCUCAAGUCGAGAAGAGUUGGUAAACACAAGAAAAAGAGGUUGGGAAUCUAUCCAGGACAAUUCGCGGCAACCUCUCCAGCAAGAUCAUCCUCCAUCCUCUCACUGCUCCUAUACCAUUGAGCCAGCCUCGCCAUGUCGACUGCUGUGGCUUCUGCUGCGGUAGCUCCGCUGCCUUCGCUCGACCGAAAUCCAAGUCCCAGAAGCUAUCCUCCCUUGGCUCCUGCUACCAAUGUAACACCGAGAGACAGAAACACGGACCCGGGCAUGGCUUCCGAGAUCAGCAUGACAGUACAUGCCAACGAGAAGACUCCCUCGGACGGGAAGAGGUCCCCAAGGUCAAUACGGAGUUCAGACCAUCCCAAGAUCAUCGUCAAGAAGGAACCUCCCUCGUCCCCUUCCCUUCAGACAAGCACCCGACACAGACCCAAAAAAUUAGAUCUGAACACAACCAGCACUUCAAUCUCGGCAGGUCUGAACUCUCGGCCUUCAGCUACGCCGUUGACUGCAAGAGAUGGACUAGUUUUGCAUGAUGUCGGCCUGGCUUGCUUGUCACCAGGUUUCCAGACUCAGGACCCCGCAAUGCGUGAACAAUUGGAACGCAGCAUGUCGGUGAGAGAUCAGCAGCGAUCUAUCAUUCAAGCAAGGCUGCUCAAAUCUGCCCGCGGAGACGGUCCAGACACGGGAAAAACCAGUGAACCAGCUACUUCAACAAGAACCCCCACGGCCUCAUCCAAGAAAAGGCCCCCGCCCGGUCUCUCGAUUGUUCCUCCUUCAGCCGAACGCUUUGCCAACGAGCGUGUCAUUCAGUCUGCGCCUCUGAACCAAACCUUUACCGGGAGACACGAUGCACCACUGUCGAGACAAGUGAAUGAGCAUCCUGCCAUGUCAUCUCAAAGUCACAUCCAUCAUAUUCCUGCAAUUCAGACCAACAAUAGACUCCCUCCGAUCGCGGACGUGUUCGGAGCCAGUGAGCUCAACCCUGGGCCGGCUCGACCACCUUUCCUGCACGCAAACUCCACUCCUUCUCAUAGUCACGGCCCUCCUCUUCCUUCUCCAGGCUUUCCACCACAGACUGCUCAUCCCAUGUCUCAGCCUGCGGGCAUGCAUUUUGACCGCCCUCGAGAGUAUCGUUCAGCAGAAGAAGCUGUCCACGAGAUGACUGGAGGACGAGAGGAUCUUUUGCCCAAGAUUGUCCACUAUGGGGGUCAUCAACCGCCUACGCCUCCCUCACCUCAACCUGGCCACAAAGAUACUUUGACUCCUCAGAAGUACUUGUCCAACAACUCCGCCGGUCGAAGGAGGAGCCGUAUGGAAUAUGAAGAAGGUAGCAGCCCGCCGUUGGGCUCUGGACGAGAACGACUCCGCCAUAGUGGUCCAUUUGGCGAAGGCAGAGACAGUCCUGCUACGCAAAGAGCAAAGAAGGAAGAGUUCUUGAGCUUAUGUGCUCGAGCAUGGGAUCUGUUCCAUUCUUGAGGCCGGUAUUGCGAAUUUCCACUCCUGUCUAUAUCGGCGCUCUUCGAUCCCAAUUUUGAACUGCGAUGGCGCUAUGGGGCGUAAUGAGGUGGACGGCUGCUUUGGAGGUAUUCUCUUACGAUGCGAGUCUCGUCAACAAAGCUAUGCCGGGUUUGAAAAUUUCUGCUUGAUGAACUAUUUUCAAGGAAUACCAUGUAAUGACAAAAAGGACUGUCUGGACAGGGACUAUUUUCUAAUACCACGCGAUGAUUAGCGACGACUGACUGGGAAGGAUUGGUAUGAGAUAACAUGACAGUCUUUGGGAGACGGAACCAGGACUGCAUGAAUUGGUGAUGGGUGCGUUUGAUGAUUUCGCAUGCAUUUCUUUCAAACGAUGAGUCAAAUGGACGGGUUAGGAUAGCUGAGAAUCCUCAAAAGCAUUGAUCUUGCAGGACUGUCAGUAUCGGUAGAAAGGAUGUCCCACUGUUCUCUGACCUGGCUCGCUUAUUAUUUGAUGUUCUUGUGAAGGGUCUAAAGGGAUUUUAUAAUUG